UUGGUAACAGCCCAGAUCAUGUGACCACAAAAUGGUGGAAGCUGUGAGCUGUUUGUAAGCUGAGCAUCUCCACCGAGAGGCUGGGAGCAGGAAAUAACCAGGGAAGUGUGGAGUCCAUCAAUGCUUUGAGACUAAAGAGGACAGAGAUACCUGUGCCCCAGCAGUGGUCCUCCUGCGGAUGGACCUGGUUUCAGAGACGAAAAUGAACUCUGAAGGGGCUGAAAGCAGACCAGUCCCUCCCACCUCUCUACCGCUACAAGGAGGCUCCACCCAGAGGAAAAAGUUGUCGGCCCCUCGUAUCAGCCUGUCACUGGACCAGAGCGAGGACGAUUUAGGGGAGACCCCAGACGAUCUGGACAUCAACGUGGAUGACCUGGACACCCCGGAUGAAGGCGAUUACCUAGACUACACAGACCAUGAAACGGACUGGGAAGAUCCCAACGUGGCCAGUAGGAGUGGACCCAGUGAGGUGUACAAUCCCAUCCCGACGUACAGCGCUGAGGAGGAGCGCCAGGACGGCAGACUAUGGAGGACCGUCAUAAUUGGGGAGCAGGAACAUCGUAUCAACAUGAAGAUCAUCGAACCCUAUAUGAAAGUCAUCUCCCACGGAGGCUACUAUGGCAACGGAGUUAAUGCCAUCAUAGUGUUUGCUGCCUGCUUCCUGCCAGACAGUGACAAAGUGGACUAUCAUGAAAUAAUGGAAAACCUGUUUCUUUAUGUGAUCAGCACCCUGGAGCUGAUGGUAGCAGAGGAUUACAUGAUUGUGUACCUGAACGGUGCCACUCCCCACAGAAGAAUGCCAGGCCUCGGAUGGUUGAAGAAAUGCUAUCAGAUGAUUGACAGAAGGCUCCGAAAGAACUUGAAAUCCUUUAUUAUUCUCCAUCCGUCUUGGUUUAUCAGGACUAUUCUAGCCAUCACAAAACCCUUCAUCAGCGCCAAGUUCAGCAGUAAGAUAAAGUAUGUCAACAGUUUAGACGAGCUGCACGAACUCAUCCCUAUGGAGUACAUCCAAAUCCCAGAGUGCAUCAUUAGACUUGACCAGGAGCUGAAGGAAGCGGCGGAGAACUCAAAAAUGAAUAGUUUUCUGCAGGGACCGCAGCCAGCGACAGACAGGACACAACCAGACGAAGCCCGUGCCAGCAGCUCGUAAAGCCAAACAUCCGAAAAUGGAUGGGGUCACUUCAAUGUUCAAGAAUUCACUAUUGUGUUGUUACGGGUGAAGUUGGAAACUAAAACAAAACAAACAAACAAACAAAAAAAAAAAGUGGCGAAGGCUUGUUAAGAUAGUGUGCGUGUUGAUUUUGUCAAGUAGACACUAAAGUUGAAUAUAAAAGCUGAAUAUUCCAGUAGUAGCUGUUACCACUCAGAUCUCAUUCUUUAUGGUCGCUGUAGCAUUUCCACCUGCAGUCCAGACUACUACUGCUAUAUAGUCCCAGCUGUGACGCUUGGAUGCACCCACAGUGUAGCAUCACUGUCCGCAGUAAGGUAGGAAAUACAAUUACAUACCAGACUGUGCACUGCACCUUUGAUCCAUUCGUAGUCUAUAGUGUUGUAGAUGUGUGCAUGUGAAGCAGUGGAGCAAUAAUAUCUUUUUUCUGGUCACACUGUCUCAGUAUUUCUGCAAAGGAACGACUUGUGUCAGCAGUCUACAAUAAAAACACAAGGCGUGGAAAAAGAA